CCGCAGUUUGGCUAACUAGACGGAAUCACCCAAGUGACAGAGCAGGCUGAGAUGGAAAUGUUCAGUCCUAUUUGUGAUGAUUCCCAACGACGAUGGCAACGACGUCGAAAAAACACAGUCACCAGUGCAAACCGUGACCACGACCACAACACGAUAACGAAAAUCCUUCUCAGUCAAUAUUCAUUCAUGUCAAUGUCAUCGGAGGAAAUACUUGAUCUCGCCCCAUUUCGCCAUUUUACCGUUCGUUGCCGUCGAGCCCACUAGGCAGCAGUAGCAGCAGCAGCCCGCAGUCGUCAAUCAGGCGGGUACUCGACCAGUCCGAGUCACAAUUUGGCGGGUGUUGAAAUGCAUCCAAGCAACGGCGGCAGUGUUUAGUGCGUCGAGUGCGCGGGAUUCCUGCUGAGCGAGUUUGAUUGAUUCGGAGUGAUCGCGUUUUGUUACCGAGCAACAGUAGGCGACGACGCCUGUGUGAUUGAAUAUUCGGAAAACCCGAAAACAAACCCCGAAGCACGUCAGGAUGAUGUCGAAUGACAAAGACGUCACCAAGGGUGAACAGGGGGAAACUGGCGCACCAGCGGACUUCGAAACGGCCAUCGGGGCCACCGGAUACGGACGGUUUAACGUGCUGCUGCUGCUGGUGGCGAUGCCGUGCUGCAUCGGGACCGUGUUCGAGACGACCACCAUGUCGUACGUGCUGCCGAGUGCCGAAUGUGAUCUGAAUCUGUCGCUGGUCGACAAGGGACUCAUGAAUGCCGUCUGUUAUGCUGGAAUGAUAUCAUCCGCAUUUUUCUGGGGCUUCCUGUCGGAUACAUACGGCCGAAAGCGACUGCUGGUGUACGGCUACUUCCUCGAUGCAGCCUUCAACGUGUUGUGCGCCAUCAGCCAGAACGUAGUGGCAAUUAUGAUUUUCAAAUUUAUGGGUGGCUUUAUCAUAUGCGGGCCAUUCGCGGUUCUGAUGGCCUACCUGUCGGAAUUUCACAGUCUGCAGCAUCGAUCCCGGGUGAUGAUACUGAUUGGAAUAUUCUACAGCAUCGGUAACAUGCUGCUGCCGUCCCUGGCUUGGGCAAUCAUUCCGCAGCAGUGGGACUUUCGAUUACUGGGUGACAGUUUCGUUAUCCACUCGUGGCAGAUCUUCCUGGCCGUGUGCUGCCUACCGAGUUUGCUGAGCGGAACCUGUGUCGUGUUUCUCCCGGAAAGCCCCAAAUUUCUGAUGUCCAAAGGACGUAAUCAGCAAGCGCUUACCGUGUUUCAGACGCUUUACUCACUCAACACCGGAAACAACCGGAACGAGUAUCCGAUUAAGGAAUUGGUUAACGAAACUCUGGUUGACACUGCGGAAGCGAAGACCCCGGUAGAAACGGGCAGCUCGAGCCAGAGUGGACUGAAAACGGGGAUGCAACAAAUCUUGGUUAUGUUCCGGAAGCCACAUCUUAGAAAUUCAGUGCUGGCCUACAGUGUUCAGUUUGGAAUUCUGUUCGGACUGAACACCUUCCGCUUGUGGGUGCCCCAACUGUUCACCAUCAUUGAGGAGUACGAGCAGGACCCGAAUCUGAGCUUCCCGUCCGAUGGAACGUUGUGCGACAUGUUGGCCUACAAAGUGAACAAAUCAAACAGCCUGCACGGUGGGGUCAGCCAACAAACCGCCGUCAGCCCACAGGACGUUCAUCUGAAUGACUUUGAUGCUCUCGACAUGGACGACGUCGUGCUGUGUGAGGCGACGACCGAGGGCAGCAUGUAUCUGAACUCAUUAAUCAUCGGCCUGGUUGGUGUUUGUGCUUAUCUGAUCACGACGGCGCUGAUAAAUUCUAUCGGCAAUCGGAAUAUUUUAGUGUACGGUCUGACAACAUCCGGAAUCUGCGGUCUGUUGCUGUACUGGGCCAAAAGCCGGCUGACCAUCCUGGCCCUUUCGGCGACGUACAUCACCAUCGCCAGUAUCGGUUCGACGGCUCUGGUUGGUUCCGUCGUGGCCAUGUUUCCCACGUCGAUGCGGACGAUGGUCGUUUCUCUUACGAUGAUGUUCGGGCGGACGGGGUCCAUCAUCGGUAACCUGUUGUUUCCGUAUCUGAUGUCGCUGGGGUGCUGGCCGCCUCUCCUUAUGAUAGGUGCCAUACAAAUAGUUGUGAGUCUCAUAGCAACCACCAUUCCAAGGACGCUGAAAAAGCCAUUGCAGUAGGCACUGAUUCCGCUAAAUAGCGAUGGACUGGAAGAAACGUCAAAACGUGACAAGUGCGGUAUGGUGUGUUGUGGUGCUUCAUUUGAUGUGAUCUACGGACAAACGAAGAUUUGUUGACACGCGAACUAGUAAUUAGGCAAUUAUUAAUCGAACUGAUUAGCGAAAGUAUACGAGCAAAUGAAAUGUAAAUAUAUUUGAAAGGAAA